CUGUAAUUCCCACCGCCAUAGCACAGUGCCAUAUAUAGAAGACCCCCAAAGGACCCAAUAAACCAUGUUCCCCAUCCCCAAACUCAUACUUAUCUAUCUUGUUUACUACUCCCAAUAAAUAAAAUCUUAGGCUCCAUUUCUAGAGACGAGUAGUGGGAGAGAGAUGAGUAGCUUCGAAGAUGAAAGACUGGUUCAGAUGGUCGAGGAGUUUAUAGAAUCAGAAUCGCCAUCACCUAUUAUCUUUUCUGCUUCCUCGAAGUGUCGUCCUCUAAACCAUCGCACCCAAUAUCUCGCUUUACAGGAGAUUCUUGGGAGUGGGACACAAGCCGAGGUUGAGAUCCUUGAGAGUGUGUUGAGGCAUAAGAGAAACAAAACAGAUGCUGAUAAAACCAGCAGUCUGAAAAAGUGGCUAGUCAUGAGGCUAAAAAUGGAUGGUUAUGAGGCUUCUCUUUGUCAAACUUCUUGGAUCACUUCCUUGGGAUGCCCUGCUGGUGGGUCUCUCUCCCAAUUUAUUAUUAUUUGCCUCAAAUUCCAUACUUCCCGUGAUUAUGAAUACAUCGAUAUUAAAAUGGAAGAUGAUGAGAGUGGUAAUUCAAUGAAGUUUUUUGUGGACAUGGAUUUCAAGUCACAGUUUGAGUUAGCAAGGCCUACACCAACAUACAAGGAGCUAACAGAAACACUACCACAAAUCUUUGUUGGGACAGAGGACAAGCUUAACAAUAUAAUCUCUCUUCUAUGCUCAGCUGCCAAACAGUCCCUUAAAGAGAGGGGCCUCCACAUCCCCCCAUGGAGGACUACAGCUUACAUGCAGUCCAAAUGGCUUUCAGGCUGCACUCACAAAGUCUCUGCAGACAAGAGCAAAGCAAAAGGUGUUAGUGUUACAGAUGAUUAUAGCAACUGGACACCCUCACCUCCAAGGGCCAAGCCUAAGAGGAGAAAUUUGGGUGGCGGUUCGGCCUUGUCUAUUCAAUUUUCUGGGAUGAGCAUAAAUUGUUGCUGAAAUUUUGGUUGCCGAGUUCUAAUAAUGGCAGAGAGGCUGCUCAA